UAUACUUAUAUCGAAACAGGGUUUAAUCAUUUAACUGCGUCAUUAUAUCAGUGAAUAUGGCGUCGGCUCUUCCACCAGAGAAGCUUGCGGAGUUGAAGCAGAUUAUUCAUAACCAACUUGUACAAGCGAACAUACAGACUCAGAUUAAAGAUGUUUUGGCUGGAAGUUUUAAUCAAGAACGAGCUGGACAUGAUCGGACGGAAAUAUCUGAAGGGGACAUAAUGGAAGACUUGAAAAGAAAAGGUGUUGUGGAAGAAAUUCUGCAGAGACUUCGUUACGAAUCACCGAUCAUUGCUGCUCGAACAAAACCAUCCAUCCAUAAAAAUCUUGAUGAAGAAUUAAUUCAAGCGGAACUGAAAAACAAAGUCGCUGUUGAUCCGACACGGCGUUACAUUUUUAUCCAAAUACUCGGAGGAAAGGCUUUUAUUGAUCAUCUAAAUGCCCCGAAAUAUCCUGGCGUUUCUGGCGACUCGACAAGACCAUGUGCAACUUUCACGCUUCAUUUGCUAUUCCGGGGUCAAAGGUUCAGGUCACGACCUGUGCAAGUUGCCUGCGAACCUGAUUUGUCUGAAGGGUUUCUGCUCGAACUUCACACACAUUUUGCUGGUGAGGGGGGUAGAAUGGCCGACACAGAAACUAUGUUAUCAAUCUGUGAUCCGAUUCAUCUUAUCUUAACCCGAACAGACCCUGACGGUACUAUUUCUCUAGUUGGAACAGACUCCCUCGAGUGGCGGAAAGUUUUAUCUACUCCACAGGGAUCCCACAAGGUGUCGAUAGAGUUAAUGGGUGUUGGAGCGGAGUCUAAAAUCCCAGCUGGUAUUUUGGAAGCUAAAUUAGAAGUUGUGCCACGAGAAAACCGUGUGAGUUUGACAAAAGAAGUCGUAGACGCACAAUGUCAACUUGAAAGGCGGCGUUCUGCGGAAAAAGAACGACUUUUUCUAGUUUAUGCAAAACAAUGGUGGAGAGAAUAUCUACAAAUUCGAGAGGAACAUCAAACACGUACUGUAAAAAUUUUUGCACAGGAUGAAACCGGUUUAAACCGCCCUGUUUGUAGUUUUGUGAAACCUCUUCGAGCUGGUAGGUUGCUCCAUACACCUCGACAAGCAGCGAGAUUUGUUAGUACUUUAGGAUACGAACGAGCUCCAACUGUAGGUUCCGGAGGUAACGUGGAACAAUGGCGAUCUUCGCACGCAUUCUUUGCGCUCGGAAAAGGCGACCACGAAGACCAUUCGAAUCUACUAUGCAGUUUAUUGCUUGGAUUCGGACUUGACGCUUACGUCUGCGUCGGGUCAAAAAACAGGGGUGGAGCAUACACCUGGGUUGUGACUCGUUAUUCAGAAGGUGCGACUGUAAUUUUCUGGGACGCAGUUACAGGUCAUCGAUACAUCCACCGCAUGGUGGCGCCAGAUGAUCCACCAGCAGUAAAGCAACCUGUAACCAAUCACCCAUACAAGAGUAUUGGUUGUAUUUACAAUCACGAAGCUUUUUACGCAAACUCACAACCGUCUGAUAUUGUUGAAACAUGCAACUUUAAUUUAGCGAAUUCAUCUCAAUGGAAGCCAAUGAGUUUUGAAGCUGUGAAAUCCGUUUGUGCACAGUCUUCAUCUUUUCCACCGGUGGCGCCAUUGCUCUCUCCGACCCUUGACCCUGCUCUUGUGAGCAGCCAAAUGGAGACGGAACUCCGUAUGCUCGUAGCAGAACAUCGACUUGACUUGGAGCUAUCGACGUGCUGGGACGACCAUUUAUGUUACAUCCUCUCUCCUGCGCUUGCCGCAUACGAAAGUGAGCGAGCCAGUGGGGGGGAGCCACCUGCAUCUGGGAACGAAGAAUUCCAAGAGGCCGUUCGCAGAGCGGUACCAGACGGCCACACAUUUAAAGGUUUUCCGAUCCAAUUUCUUCACCGAAACGCAAGAAGAGCGUUUGCAACUUGUCUCAAAAACCAAGUCUGUUCUGAGAUUCUUGGUUGUCGUGGUGAUAGCGUGAGACUAGCGGUUCGUGUCCAAGUUUUUGUGUUUCCUGAAGACGCUGUCGCUACCUGGGUUAUGUUUGCAUGCAAAUACAAGUCAGUGUUGUGAUGUUCUGAACUUUGCCAAAGACAUUUUAAGUAAAAACUAGUAAUAUUGCAGAUCAUGGAAAUCUUCGUUAGCGUUACUUUGUGCUAUAACUUGGGAUAGGCCCAAUCGAAUACUUGGAAUUCUUUUUAACAAAUACCAAGUAGUUUGUCAUACUAUAAAAUAAAUGGAAACGUGACCCCUGGCUACCCGACCUUCUGUGGCAUAAAAAUGUUGAGUAAUGCACCAUCAUAUUUCUUUCAGUAUUGGUUCGCAACUUUGUUCAUAUACAAGUUUCUUCACUGAUGCAUGUUCAUAUUCUCUUGGUUUAUCACCAACACAACUUGGUUUAACAACAUUCUUUCACAAUUUCAGAAGUUGAGGUUCGAAUUUCUGUCAUCAUUUGAUAUCAAAUAUAACAAAUUUAAAUAUUCCUAAAAUUAAGAAUUCACCAUGCACAAAUAUGAUCAAAUUGUUGGGCAGUCCUUGAGUCUCCCAGAUUUUAGGGAUUUCGACUGUUGAAUACGAGCAAUUCAAAAACCAUUGUAUUUGGCAAUUGUGCAAAGACUUUACCAUAGUUAUAACAUGAGAAUUAUUCUUUUCGAUUGCUCAGUUUGAAUAUUUAUCCCUGUAAUAUGGCUCCGAAGUUCCGGUUUUAUUUCUCGCUAGUUUUUAUCUCCCGAAUUUUGAUUAGCCGCCAUCUUUUUUUUGUCCCCCCCCCCAUAGGUCCUCAUUUACAUUUUUGAAAUGUAAUUCUGACAUAGGGACUCUUUUCAUCAAAGUCAUUGAUGAAACCUGUUUCUUACUGUAUGUGAACAUUCAGCAAACUGUCGGAUUAAUAGAUUAAUUACUUGUUUUCGUGAGUGGGCCCAUUACAAUAAAACUACAUAUCUUCCAAGUAUUUGAGAUUCCAAUCGAAAAAUUAUUCAAUUCUGAAAUCAUUAUAUAUUCAAAAACGACUCAAAAACGACCAGCCCUACUCUCCACCAGACAUAUGUUUUGUUAGAAAUAAGUCAAAUCAUCUCAAGCUGGACCUUGAUAUCAGUCAUCUUUCAGCAGUUCAUAUAUUUAUUACUCACUAUAUAAGAGGCUAGGUUCUCUUCGUAUUAUUCUAUCGCUGAUAUACUGUAUUUAAUAAAGAUUUUUAUUACCUCA